AUGGAACGAAGGAACUUUAUGGAUCGUCCGGCUGGGCUGCGUCCCCUCCGCGACAAGGCGAGGACCAGGUCGCGGCCCGGACGGGGAGCGGCCAUCGCUCGCUAUCUGGCAGGCCGGCUUAGAGUUUUGGCUGUAGCCGUUGUGGCACGAGGUAUAUGGCCGAACGGUCCCAAGUCGGGCACGUCAAUCCUCGACGGCCAUGGUCACCGCACAAGCUUUGCCGAGCCCCUCGACCAGGAGGGCGAGCUGCCGGACCUGUGUGCAAUACAGGACUCCUCUCCCGUUGUGGCCAUGUCGGCGGUUGGGAAAGGCAGGUCAGGAACGUUGGCACACUGGUUGCGCUGUUAUCGGUACCUUGACGAGGUGAGACUUUUGCAAGCCGAAACCAGCACCAUGUGGCAGGCGCUGGAUCGAUUGGCGGACCGCGUGCCGUGGAUCUGCGAUCUCUCUCUGCCCGAGGGAACACCGGCCAGGGACAUCCCCUGCUUAUAG